UUAAAUGCGUGGGAAAAAAUGUCGAAAAGUGGCACUUGUAUCACAACAGAGUGGGAGGCUUAUCCAGACAACAUUUUUCGUCAGUACCAUCUAAUAGUUGACAUCAGCAAUUGCUUGAUAAAUAGUCGAUUAGCCGGCACUGUUCUAUAUAGGAGCUAAGUGAACUUGCUUCCUUUGUCGACUCGAAUACUAAAUACAAGCACGUGGUUGCAAGUUGACGUUAGUACGUUACGUUAGGGUGGAUAAUGGAAGGCAUUAAAUGGAUUGGGAGUGGGGAAAAGUGGGGGUUCUCCUGGUGUAUUCCAUCAGUUGGUCGUAUAAAACGAAUGAAGCGUCACACAAAAAAGCCACUCCCUGCACGACUGCACGUGCAGACACAACAGUAACCGCUCUCUCCGAUAUUUUAUUUCCUCUUCACGUUCCUAUCUUUUCAUUCAGUUUCUUCAGUUAAUUUUGAAAUAAUUGUCCCAAUUCCAUGACGACAUGUGAGAGCAUUCGAGCCACCAGUGACCAUCAGUGAAAAUCUCCGAUCGACACGAGCGCUGAAAGUUUAGUGGUGUUUUGUUAGUGAAAAUAAUAUAUAUCAGAUAUUGUGAAUGAGGGAAAAUCGAAUUACUGUGACGCACUGUGUGAGGAGAAAGGUGAAAGCGAGAUAUUGUGGAUUUGCCGAACCUCAAGGAGUAAUAACUGAAAUAAGGAGAAGAUUAUGGGGAUUGUAUCGUCUACAUUCGUUUCACUCGCCAUUCAAUUCGCCUGGAACUUCCAGAGAUUUCUCGAUCCACGAUACAGCAGAUACAUCGAAUCAAAAAAAAAUCCAGAGGCUUUCUCACCGCAUAGAGCACAGUCUGAAGGGUCCACGAUCGAGGACGUCAGACCCUCGACGAAGGCCGAGGAAUCCACUUCAAUUCAAUCGAAUCACCAGGAAAACAGGAACAGGAGAGCUGCACAACGGAGAAACAGGAGGAAACGACCUUCGAGCUUCGAUGCUUCUCUGAUUGUGACAAAUGUUAGUAAAACUGGUAUCACGGCUGCGAGAGUUGUUUCCUCAACCCCCAGUACUUUAACGAGACAACAAGCACCUGGCUGGGAUGAUUCAUCAGCCUCCAGCACUUCAUCAAGUGAAGAAUGUGAUUUGGACGCUAGAGCCGAGAGGAUUGGAUCAAGUGAGACUCGCGGUGUCCUGGAAAAAAGACAUGAAGCGAGAUCAAUGAAGUUUGGAAUGUCUGCAACCGAGGAGGCAGCAUUCAGGAUGACAGUUGGUCGAGGCCACUUCAGUAGAUCAAAGAAAGACAAAUUUCUCAAUCAUCUGAGGCUUGAGAAACGUCUCAACGGCUUGAAUCGUGAAUUCUUCGAGUUAGCUUGUCGGCCACAUUCACGGCCACAAGUCGACAUUACUUCCGCGAUCUGAGACUCGUAUACGAUUUGAAGUACUUCUGGUACAAUCGAAGUAAUACCGAGUCAGUGAAUCAAAAGAAAAUAAUCGACUAUGAGACGGGAUUUCUGUAUCAAAACCCAUGGAUUUCAAAACGUCGCACUUAAGACUGAGAAUUUUCAAUCUCGAGUUUUUAUAAACCGUUUUAGCUUUAAAUUAAUACUAGUCUCAUAUAGCC